UUAAAUAGUUUUGGGGACGUAAGUAAUCAGUUCAAAUAACAAUACAGUUUAUAAUCAAUUUGAUGACUUUAUACCUAAACAAAGAAUGUUUCAAGCACCAGAUUAUAUACAAACUGUGUCAGUGAAACUGUCAGAGGUUCUUGCUGAUAUAGGAGUAGAUGAGAGAAUAGUAGAGAAAAGAAGAAGAGCAUUGCUGCUGGAAGAAUCUGUAAAUACAAUAUCUUGCCAACUACUGGAUUCGAAUGGUUCAGUAUACAUUUUAGGCAGCCAGUCUGAAGGCUCAACUACACUCGGACUAGAAUCAGACACUGACCAACUUACGUGUAUUAAUGACCGUAACGUGAUACAAGACUGGAGUGAAUGGCAACCUGGUGUUACAAAUUUUUUGAUGAUCCAGGACGAGACUACAUCACCUGGUUACUGUUACUGUUUGAGAAAUGAUGCUCCUCUUCCAGACAAUGAUACACCUAAUGAACACCAUUUCAGAGACAGGACAGGGAGAAUACUAUUGAGGAAUACAAUUAUGUCUAAACCUUUUGUAGCAACAGCAGUAGCAGUAGCAGUAGCAGUAGUAACAGCAGCAGAAGCAGCACCAGCAGCAGCUUAUCUUUGUGAGGGAUUAGUGAGACAUGGCCCAGCACAAACACUGACUGGUCGACCUGGUCUUCUGGACACUGACCAUGUAGUUGCUUAUCGAUGUAAAUCAUGGCCUCUACAAGCAAGUCAAUGGUUAGAUUGGCAAGGUGUAGGUCAGUGGCCUUCAGAUGAUAUGAAAAGAUAUUGCCUCAAUACUGGGUGUUUUGUUGUUGGAGUAGGAAGCAAGGGCAGUGAAAAUGAUGAGCUUGAAUGGAGAAUAUCAACAUCUCUAGCAGAAAGGUGUUUAAUGUUUAAUCUCAAUAUCACACAGAUGCGAUGUUACGUUUUGAUGACGAUGAUAUUAAAGACUUAUAUCAAGCCAUGUUAUGAAGGCACCAUUUCAAGUUUUAUGUGUAAAACAGUUCUAUUUCACCUUAUUGCAAAUACACAUUCUGAUUUCUGGAAAGUAACAAACUUACUUGUAUGUCUGUCGUCUUGCUUAUUUGUACUGUACAACAGUGUGUUGAAUGAAAACUGUCCACAUUUCAUCAUACCAGGAAAUAAUUUAAUGGUGGGACAUGUUCCAUAUGAAUCUAAACCUCAAAUUCUUGAAAUACUGUGGUAUAUCAUAUACAGCGAAGGAACAUCAUUACUGAGUAUAAAUUGUGAUGAACUUGGUCCAAGGCUUCAGCUGAAAUUGAAUAAUAUAUGUCUGUUCAAAACGAGUGAUAUUGUUCCAGCAAAUUUAUUAAGAGAUAUUGCAAGGAAGACGGAUACCAGCAUAAGUAUUUGUCUAUUUUUUUAUCAGCAACAGCACCAACGAAGUGGCUUUACAAACAUUGCUGAAAUAUAUUUUCUAUCUAGUCAUUUUUUAUAAUCAAUGCCAAGCAUUGAACAAAACAGCAUGCAGUCUUCUUGCACCACAACUCUGUACAACACUGGGAUCUGUCAUGGCAUCCCUCAACAUUCAACAGUACAAUGGUAUAUCAGCUGCAGCUCCCACAUGGAUCUCAUUAGGUUUGAACACAGAUGUUGCAUCUAGUAAACUAAAGCUAGCAUCAAUGUUUUACUGUAUAGGGGAACGUAACAGAACAGAAAUAGUGCUCAGAGAUAUUGAAGGAAGCUAUGACAAAAACGUUGUUGAGCCUAUCUGUGGUUGUUAUGAUUACAUCCUUCAAGCUCCGAAAGAGGAUUUUAUGAAAUAUCUGAAGAUGCUAUACAAUAUGCUACAGCAUUCUGUGUAAAAUUUCUGCCAUGUGAAGUAAACUGUAUUCCAUCUGAGCUACAGUAUGAGGUGUUCUGCUCUGCAGAUAGGGACAUUGCUAUUGUAGGUAUUUUUGGCGGUUUGAUAUAUUGUGCAACUGUCGAUUCUCUCCCUUACAUGUACUUUCUACAAUACAAGACCUACAGCUUCCUUGGGAGGCAAGAUGACAAGCAAAUAGCACUUUCAAACCUUAUUAGGACAAUUGACAGGGAACCAAACCUGGGACACAGGGAAAUAGCUCUGAAUCUUCUUGGACAAUGUUUGGAGCAAGAGAACCGAGCAGUAGAUGCUUUACGUUGUUAUUUAUUAUCCCUAAACCUGAAGGGAAGAAGCAGUGCUGCAAAUAUCCAUAUAUGUAGGCUUCUGUCUACUAUGCUAAAUAACCAGAGUAGGAAUUAAUCACUCUUGUAAAUCCUCACCAAUAAGUAAAUUUGGAGAGGAGGUCCAGAAAAAACUAAAGAACCAUUAGUAAAUAAAAAUGAAAAACAACAAUAAAAAAACAUCACUGAACCGGAAUGAGAUAACAAUACAGUAUCAUAAAGCAUCCAUUCACACAUUUGAAGCAAAAUUUCCUUCUCUCUAUAAUCCAUAAAAUUCGAGUACUUUGAAAAUAACAAGUGAUACAUACUUGUUGACAUAUUUUUGCAUGGUAACUGCAAACUAUAUCUGUUUUCAAUAUUUUAUUUAUAGUUUUCGUUUAUUAAAAUCAAGUUCCGCCAUGGGAAAAUUAAAGGGGAAAGUUAUAUCAGAAGCACUUCGAUGUACAAGAAUGGUUUUGUAUCGUAAAAACAAUAUCUGCAUGUAAAAAAAGAAUUGGUUUUUAAUUCAAUAACUGAAAUUUACGCCUUUUUAAUUUUGAGAAAUCAUGAAACUAUAAUGAGGGGUUUCGUAAAACCUCAACAACAUCAUGCAAACAGAUAAAUUUUAAACACGGGAAAAGAAGAAAACAACAUGAAAAAUCGGUCAAAAAUGUUUAUAAAGUAUGUUUAUUUGAUAAGAGAUAUGUUUUAUGACUUGUACGUACACAUCGAUUAUUGUUUACAGUAUUCAAUUUAAAAUAAUUUUACAUGAAACCCAUUUUAGACUGUAAGCUAAGUAAAUUAAAGUUGAUUGAAACAUUUGUUAUUUUGCCAACAGUUUGACCGACAAGUUUAUAAAGAUCUAUAAUAUGUAAUGAUAUUGUCAUGCUAAACUCAAUAUUCUUCAAUAUUGAUAAGUUUAAUAAGUGAAUAUUGUUAUUUUAUUAAACAUAAUUUUUAUACACAAUGUAAAUAUGUUAGGAAUAUGGAAUAUGAAAAGUUGUAGUAAAUUUUAAAAAUAAGUAUACAACUAUAUAUGUAAAAAUGAGCUAUAUAUAUAGCGAAACCUUAUGAUAUUUCAAAGUUCCUGCAAUCAUUUUGUAAAAUAGUAUAUUCUUAAAUAAGAAAUACGUAGAGAUCUUGUUACACAGUUGUGAUUAUAAAUAUAUAUAUAUUUAUUAAAUGGUAGUAUGUUCAUAAUACUAUGAUUCAAGUAAUUACAAAUUAAAAGAAAGUUGGUUUGGUAAAAACAUUUUGUUUUAUUUCUCAUGAAAAGUCCCGUCUUUUACAUAGCAUAAACAUACAGGCCGUAACAACACUGAAGUGACAUGCCAGUCAAUUAAGCUUUUUUAAUUCGUUAUGAAAACCUACUCUAUCAUUAUGUUUGAAAUGUAAAUAACACACCCAAUCAUUCAGAUGACAAUAUCCGAAGGCGAUCGAUUUUGGCAUGAUCACAAUAUUAUCAAAAACGAUCAAUCAUUUUUCCAAUACCAUAAAGCUGUUGUCUCCCUUGAUAUUGAUUUUCUGCAGGUCAAUUCUUCCUCAAGAUAAAUAACCAACACUUAUGUGCAAA